GCACAAACCAAAGAGCAACUGUUUUCACCAAGGGCUUACACUGUAUUUGUCGUAAAAUCCACAGUGAAGGAAAGUAUAGUAACUGGUGCUACUUGUUCUUCAUCCCUCCAAGUGGGUGAAGUCUUUCAGAAACUGGGGCAAGCCAGUUAUCUAUGCAGACUGGACUACAGGCAGGCCACCUUGGCAGAAAAGUCUACACAUCGAAUGGUGUUCAUCCCCCAUAUGGGCCUGUUUGAAUUCACUGUGCUUCCUUUUGGUCUACACAAGUACCAGUAUCUUUUCAGAGGAUCCUGUUUGCUUGGAAAUGACUCUGGUGUGUUUGUCAGACUUUGAAUCUUAUGCUAAAAAGCAUCUUCCCAAGGCAGUCUGGGAUUUUAUUGCUGGUGGUGCUGAUGAAUGUUGGACCCGGGAUAACAACCUCACGGCAUAUAAGAAAAUCUGUUUCCGGCCACGCUUGCUGCGAGAUGUUUCUGCCCUGGACACAAAGACCACCAUUCUUGGCAGUGAGAUCAGCUUCCCAGUAGGAAUUGCUCCCACUGGCUUCCAUAAGAUGACUUGCCCUGAUGGAGAGCAGAGCACAGCAAGAGCGGCUGAAGCAAUGAAUACCUGCUACAUUGCCAGCACUUAUUCCACCUGCUCCGUAGAAGAGAUUGCUGCCGCCGCUCCCACUGGUGUCCAGUGGUUCCAGCUCUACAUUCACAAGAGAAGGGACCUCUCUGAGCAGCUUGUGAGGCGGAUAGAGUCAUCGGGUUUCCAGGCCCUGGUGCUCACUGCUGAUCUGCCAUACGCUGGCAAGAGACGGGAUGACCUCCGAAACACUUUGCAAUUCCUUUCUUCUUUUACACUGAAGAACUUCGAAGGUGCCUUUGAGGAUAAUGAUUAUUCAGAGUAUGGGCUGCCACGUGACUCCAUGGACUCAUCUAUCAGUUGGAAGGACAUUGCUUGGUUAAAGAGCCUGACACACCUGCCUCUCAUCAUCAAGGGAAUUCUAACAAAGGAAGAUGCAGAACUGGCUGUGAGACAUGGAGUCCAAGGGAUUAUUGUAUCCAAUCAUGGAGGAAGACAGCUGGAUGGGGUUCCUGCAACUAUUGAUGCUCUGGUUGAAGUUACAGCAGCUGUGCAAGGAAAAGUUGAAGUUUACCUGGAUGGUGGAAUAAGAACGGGAAGCGAUGUAUUGAAAGCAUUGGCACUUGGGGCAAAAUGUGUCUUCAUUGGAAGGCCUGCCCUUUGGGGUCUGGCCUAUAAGGGAGAAAAAGGACUUCAACAAGUUUUGAAGAUUUUAAAAGAUGAAUUUCGUUUGUCAAUGGCUCUGGCUGGCUGCAGAAAUGUUUCAGAAAUUGACCAGCGUCUUGUUCAAUACUCGAGGUUGUAAGGAAGACUCCUGCUAUGCUCAUCCAACAGAAAACAACUGGAACUAUCAGGCCCUUCAGUGAAUGAAAGGGAGGGGUGUCACCCAGCAGGUCAGAAAACACCCCAUCAACCCAACUCCAGACCUUUUAUAUUGGUGGGAGAAGGAAGCCCAUUUGAUUGUGUGUGGUCACUCCCAUUGAUUGUUCAGUAUCUCUAUUUGCAGCAAGCCUAAGAAAUUAUGCAUAAGAUACAGUGUGAUUAAUUAUAUCAUCAGCCUUUCUGGUCCAAAUGUACGAUCAAAAACCUGGAUUUUGUCAUUCCCACAGCCCUAGGAAAUUGAAACAACUUGGUUCAUGCCAGUGCACAAAAGAAACUCUUAGUGGGUCUUUUGUAUGAACCCUAGCAAGACUGACCACUCAGUUACUUCUUGGCCAGCCAGUUGUGGAUGGAAUGUCAAAAUGAAAAUGCAUAUGCAAAGUAGAAUAAUAAUAAUAAUAAUGAAUAAUGUAAACUCCAAGUUGUUGUGCACUGUUAAAGCAUCUUAAGGGUUUUCUUUAUGUGUAUUCCGAAUAAAUGAAAAUGUUAAUCUAUU